AUUAGUUGCUGAUGUACUAAUAUCAAUGUCCAAUGUUUAUCACAUUAUCAGUACAAAUUUCAUAAGCUUUAUAUUCAAUUACUUUACCAUCUUUAAUUAAAUUCUUAACUCUCACAGAAUGUGGGAUAUUUAAUAAUGAUAAGAUGACAAGACUGUCAACACAAGAAUCAUAGCCCUUAAAACCAAAACUAUUUGGUUCUAACACAUCUAUGCCUAACUACCACAAACAACUCUGUGUCUAUUUAUAGAGGCAUAUAAUUAAUUUAAAAGAUAAAAAAACAGCUAGAAACUUAUCAUAAACUUAAGUAAUCAACAGCAACGCUAUGCAAAGUUAUUAGAAAAUUUGCCUAAUGGACAACCUUAUUUCAACCCAGACAGUAGAUGACAUUAAAAUUAGUGCAAAAAAAAAACAACAAAAAACCAAUAAUAAUUAAUCAUAACGCAGUUCAAGAGGUUAAAUCUACACAUCUAAACUUUAUCAUUCAACAUAUAAACCCCUAUUCUCCAAAACAGUCACAGUGAGUGAGGUUUAAACAGUGGCAUUCAGUCGUCUAGCACUAGCACAGAUAAAAUGGCCAAAAUCAUUUUACUGGCUACUCUCCUGAUCGCCGUCUGCCACACUGGUCAGACACAGAUUGUUUCGAGUAGUGGACAAUGGUCCAAAGAUGGUACCCAGCUUCUCUCUCAAAUCCAGAGCCAUCUUCUACAGCUCCAGACUAUUGUAUCUGAUCAUGGUCACCUGUUUAUGGACAUUCAGAAGAAAAUAAACAACCUCUCCGAAACUGACAAGCAUCUGAGUCGAAAUCUGACCGACCAGGAGCAGGCAAUGCUCAAAGAUAUACAGCAUUUACAACGUCAAAUGGUCAGUUCCCAUGCCAAGAUGACCAAUGUGACUAUCACAUUGAAAGACUUGAGCUCAGCAGUGUCAAGGAUGCAGAAAUACACGGACCAGCAAAACAUGUUCAACCUGCUGUUAACAGACAGGAUAAAUCUUCUCACAAAAUUGGCAUUAUACAGCCAGUACCAGACCUCUUACUAUUACUACGUCAGUUCUACACUGUCCUGGGAUGACGCAGCAAAUUACUGUAAAAAGAUUCACCCACAAGGUCAUCUAGCUACAAUCCAGUCCCAGGGAGAAAAUGACUUUAUUGCCAAACUGCUCCCUUAUGGUGCUACAUCUUUCCUUGGUGGACAUGACAGAGUGCAAGAAAACAAGUGGCAGUGGGAAAACGGAGAAACAUUCAAUUACACAAACUGGAGUCCUGGAGAACCCAACAAUGGUGCUUCAAGAGAACACUGCAUUAUAAUGUAUCAAAACAAUAAACAAUGGAAUGAUGCUUACUGUACACCAGGCAACUCUUUUGUGUGUGAAAUCGAUUCCUAGGAUCAGGGAAGAAAAUACUUUUAGUCUUUAUCCAACACUUAGAUUUGAUUUUAAUUUAAUCUACUUAGGCUAAAAGAAAUGAAACACACUUUGAUUGUUUUGCUUAUUUACCACCUUUUUGUUUUAAAAACUGGAGAAACACUGGUCAAAUAAUGCUAGUGUGACACUAAGAUUAUGCUUCAUAAAUUAAACUUUUUCAUUUUUCUGUGUGAAUAAUUUUGCAAGGUUUACAAAAUAUUGUAAAACACUAUUGUUUGCAUGAUGCAAUGAAGGUAAUGAAUUUCCACUGCCAUGCUACUGCAAUAUUUUAUAUCUUCCUUCUUGAAGCACAAAUAAACAAGGCAGCAAAGCUGUCAAAUGUACAGACAA